GCUGCCUUACCUUGACCGGCCAUGGAUCCUCCCGUGAUAAUGAAGUCCUUUAAUCCAAAUAAGCAUCUCAAGGAGGAGUUUGUAAGCAAUUUAUCAGGAACUUCAAUGCUGGAACUAUUUCUUCUCAUCACUACACUCUCUAUGAUACUCUUUCUACGUUCAGUAUAUUCCAGCUCCAAAAAAGGUCCUAAUUCUGCAGAGGCCUUGUUGAAAAAAGAUGAUAACAUUACAUCAUCAAAAAAGAAAGAUGAUAACAUUAAUGUAGUUGCUUGUAAUAAGAACAUGGGAUCAUAUCUUGCUGCGGUGACUCUUGAUGUCCUCUGGAUUGUUUUUCCAGCCAUUUUAUGUUUAACUAUUCUGGCAGAUUGGACAUAUAUUAAUGCAGUUGUGAUGACCUUGUUGGUGGCUUUCUUCGUUGUAGCUAGAAGAUCUGGAUUUUCUGUUUCUCAGGAAGAGGGUGUCCGAUCUCUCAGGACAAAUAUAUCUGCAUAUAGGGUUUCUAUGAAUCUUCUGACAUGCGUAUGUAUUCUGGCUGUUGACUUCAAGAUAUUUCCUAGAAGAUAUGCUAAAACAGAGACCUAUGGUACUGGCUUGAUGGACAUUGGAGUAGGUUCAUUUAUUGUGGCAAAUGCAUUGGUUUCACGGCAGGCACGUGGAAUUGCAAAAAUGAAUUUGAGAAAUGCAAUUUCUUCAACUUGUCCACUUAUAGUUCUGGGCUUUGCUCGAAUCUUUUUCACAUCAACUGUGGAUUAUCAGGUUCACGUUGGUGAAUAUGGUGUGCACUGGAAUUUCUUUUUCACUCUUGCUGCCGUGGCAAUUUUGACAUCGAUGAUUAAUCUUUCACCAAGUAAUUGUGGAAUUCUGGGCUGGUUUAUUCUAUUAGGAUAUGAGGUCUUCUUGUUGCUUGGGCUAAAUGAAUAUCUUCUUUCAAGCAAAAGAGGACCUGACAUCAUCAGCCAAAACAAAGAAGGAAUUUUUAGCAUUUUUGGUUAUUGGGGGUUAUACCUUGUUUGCAUCCAAAUAGGCAGCUAUCUUUUCUUUGGAAAACCUGGAGACGCUGUGUUGAGAACAAACGAUUGGGCGAGGAUUAGAGUCUGGAUUCUUUGUCUUCUACUCUGGUUGUUGACAGUUUUUCUAGACAUGCACGUUGAGAGGGUUUCUCGCAGAAUGUGCAACCUGGCGUAUGUUACUGUGGUAUUGGCUAUGAACCUUCAGGUUUUUGCAGUUUUAACUCUAGCUGAUUAUGUACCUGGAUAUAAAGUUGCCGCGUUGAUAGAAGUUUUUGACCGAAACUUACUGGGCUCUUUUCUUCUGGCUAACGUGCUAACCGGAUUGGUUAACCUGUCCAUUGAUACCCUCUUUGUCUCACCAUUCACUGCACUUGCUAUCUUGGUUGGAUAUGCAUACAUUUUAUCUAUUGCUGCAGCAGUAGCACAUGUUUGUGGUAUUCGAUUGAAGUUUUGGUAGGGGAGCUUAGUCUAGUAUACUCUAAUUUCAUUCAUUCUUUAACCCAUCCUCCAUUACAUGACUCUUCUUAUUGUAAUAGAUCCUGUGUGUCUACAUUAGAUUCUGAAAUCGAGGCAUUGGAUUAACCUCUA